GGGCCGCCAUUUUCGGUGAGGGAGAGAGAGAGAGAGAGGCGGAGCUAAGACAGCGCUGAGGGAAGCCGGGGAAGGAUUUUUUCCCCCCCUCCUCCUCUUCUCGGCUGUGGCGGCGGCCGUAGUAAUAGCGGCGGUGGCGAGGCCAGCCCCCGCGCCGCGACUGACAGCCGGCUCUUCCGGCCACGGCGGAGUGGUGAUAGCCGGGAAUGUAUGACAACAUGUCCACAAUGGUGUAUCUAAAGGAAGACAAGUUGGAGAAGCUCACCCAGGAUGAAAUUAUUUCUAAGACGAAACAAGUGAUUCAGGGAUUAGAAGCACUGAAGAAUGAGCACAAUUCCAUUUUACAGAGUUUACUUGAGACACUUAAGUGUUUGAAGAAAGAUGAUGAGACCAAUCUGGUGGAAGAAAAAUCAAACAUGAUUCGCAAGUCUCUGGAGAUGCUGGAACUUGGACUUAGUGAAGCACAGGUAAUGAUGGCCUUGUCGAAUCACUUGAACGCAGUAGAGUCAGAGAAGCAGAAAUUACGGGCUCAGGUUCGCAGGCUCUGCCAGGAAAAUCAGUGGCUGAGAGAUGAGCUGGCCAACACUCAACAGAAACUGCAGAAGAGCGAGCAGUCUGUGGCUCAGCUGGAGGAAGAAAAGAAGCACUUAGAAUUCAUGAACCAGUUAAAGAAAUACGACGAUGAUAUUUCCCCUUCAGAGGAUAAAGACUCAGACUCGACCAAAGAACCUUUGGAUGAUUUGUUUCCCAAUGACGAAGAUGACCAAGGACAAGGAAUGCAGCAGCCACAUAGCAGUGCGGCAGCUGCCGCCCAGCAGGGCGGCUAUGAGAUUCCUGCAAGAUUAAGGACCCUUCAUAACCUUGUCAUCCAGUACGCAUCCCAAGGCAGAUACGAGGUUGCCGUACCCCUCUGUAAGCAAGCACUUGAAGACUUGGAGAAGACUUCAGGCCACGAUCACCCUGAUGUUGCCACUAUGUUGAACAUACUUGCACUGGUGUACAGGGAUCAGAAUAAAUACAAAGAUGCCGCAAAUUUAUUGAAUGAUGCCUUGGCUAUUCGUGAGAAGACCUUGGGCAAAGAUCAUCCAGCGGUUGCAGCAACUUUAAACAACCUUGCAGUGCUUUAUGGAAAAAGAGGGAAGUACAAGGAAGCUGAGCCUUUAUGCAAGAGAGCUUUGGAGAUUAGAGAGAAGGUUCUAGGAAAAGAUCAUCCAGAUGUUGCCAAACAGCUAAAUAAUCUGGCCUUGCUAUGCCAGAACCAGGGCAAAUACGAAGAAGUGGAAUACUACUACCAGCGGGCGCUGGAGAUCUACCAAACAAAACUUGGGCCAGAUGAUCCAAAUGUAGCAAAAACAAAGAACAAUUUGGCAUCCUGCUACCUGAAACAGGGCAAAUUUAAACAAGCAGAAACUUUAUACAAAGAGAUCCUUACUCGUGCCCACGAAAGGGAAUUUGGCUCUGUGGAUGAUGAAAACAAACCCAUCUGGAUGCAUGCUGAAGAACGAGAAGAAUGCAAAGGAAAGCAGAAAGAUGGCACUACAUUUGGUGAAUAUGGAGGCUGGUACAAAGCAUGCAAAGUUGAUAGUCCGACAGUCACAACUACCUUAAAGAAUCUUGGAGCACUUUACAGACGCCAAGGCAAGUUCGAGGCAGCUGAAACAUUAGAAGAAGCAGCAAUGAGGUCCCGCAAACAGGGUCUUGACAAUGUUCACAAACAGAGAGUUGCUGAAGUGCUGAAUGACCCAGAAAGUAUAGAGAGAAGGCGAAGCCGCGAGAGCCUCAAUGUCGACGUGGUAAAGUAUGAGAGCGGCCCUGACGGAGGAGAGGAAGCCUAGAUGCCUUUUCUGAUUCUUACCCUGUCUUCUGCAUGGCCGGGCGUGCACCAUCUUCAAGCUCUAACUUCUCUCCACUGCUGACUGCUGUGUAUUUAGCAACCCUUUAAGAUUCUUGUCAGAGCUACACUUCUUGUUUUGAAACAAAACAAAAUGGCCACUCCUUCAGUGCUGGUGUCUUUUUUGGUGGGACCGGGGUGUGUGUGUGUGAGUGGGGGGGAUUCCUCUUUCUUUCUUGUACACGUGUAGCUUUGCCAGAUACUGUUACCUAGUCUUACAAAAUGUGGUGUUAAUAACCAUUUGCUGUGUACAGCAGAGGAGAGUUGACGGAUUUAAGAAUGAAGUUCAUAAGUAGCUGUUUUCUCUCUGAUGAAAGGUAGUUAAAAAAAAAAAAAAGUAUCCUACAAGGUAUUCUUAAAAAUAGCAUGAUGGUGACCUUUACAAGAACAAACUGUUUAUUAAGAAAUAAUAAUUAUUUAUAAAAAAAUAAAAGUAAGGCAUGUGCUCACAGUGCUUUAAAGUGUAUUUAGAGACCUUAUAACAUGGUUUAACAUCAAUACGGAACUCUGGGUGUCUUGUGCUUAUUGCUUACACUAAAGUAGCAGCACUGUUUAGUCUUGGUGUGGAACUUCAACAGUUAUGCUUUUCUCUACUAAUCUUGGUGACUUUGUGUAUUUGUCUUUCUAACUUCUAAUAAACUCACUCCAACUGA